CUAUGGGGUACCAGUUGCAAUUUCUUCCAUCAUCUUGACCAGGAUGUGUUUCCUUCUUGGCUCUCUUCCUCAGGUAACACUCUGAGGGCUGAACAACACCAGCUAAGCAAGCCACACCAUGGGUGAGAUCAGCCGAGACACUGUAGAGAAAUACCUCGAGGAGAACCCUCGUUUUGCCAAGGAGUACUUUGACAAGAAGCUGCGGGUGGAAGUACUGGGAGAAAUCUUCCAAAACAGCCCGUUGUCCAUCAAGGGCAGCGCCUCCUUUGCUGAGCUAACACAGGUGGAGGGGUCAGCCGUGUGCUUGGAGCUGCUGCGGGCAGUGCAGGAGGCGGCAGGUAGCAUGGAACCGGUGGCACACAGGGCCCUGCAGAGGGUGGCCUGGCUGCUGCGGGCUGACUGCUGCAGCAUGUUCAUAUGCCGGUCACGCAAUGGCACACCAGAGGUGGCCUCCAAGCUGCUGAACGUCACCCCAACCUCCAAGUUUGAGGACAACUUUGUGAUCCCUGAUAGAGAAGUUGUGUUUCCACUGGACAUCGGAAUCGUGGGCUGGGUUGCUCACACAAAGAAAGCCCUUAAUGUCCCAGAUGUGAAAAAGAACAGUCAUUUUUCGGACUAUAUGGAUAAACAAACUGGAUAUAUCACUAGGAACCUGCUGGCAACCCCGAUUGUGAUGGGCAAGGAGGUUCUUGCUGUGAUUAUGGCACUCAACAAAGUAAAUGCAUCUGAAUUUUCCCAACAGGAUGAAGAGGUCUUUUCUAAGUACCUCGAUUUUGUUUCUGUCAUCCUAAAGCUGCAUCAUACCAACUACCUAUACAAUGUUGAAUCCCGAAGAAGCCAGAUCCUUAUGUGGUCAGCCAAUAAAGUAUUUGAAGAGCUCACAGAUGUUGAACGACAGUUUCACAAAGCACUCUACACAGUUAGAACAUACCUCAACUGUGAACGAUACUCCAUUGGACUGCUGGACAUGACCAAAGAGAAGGAAUUCUAUGAUGAAUGGCCAGUCAAGCUUGGAGAAGCUGAGCCUUACAAAGGUCCAAAGACACCAGACGGCAGAGAAAUCAUCUUUUAUAAAAUCAUUGAUUACAUUUUACAUGGAAAAGAAGAGAUCAAAGUGAUUCCGACACCUCCUGCAGACCACUGGACUCUUGUUAGCAGGCUGCCUACAUAUGUUGCUGAAAAUGGAUUUAUAUGUAACAUGUUGAAUGCCCCGGCGGACGAAUACUUCACAUUUCAGAAAGGACCUGUAGAUGAAACUGGUUGGGUCAUUAAAAACGUCCUGUCCCUUCCUAUUGUCAACAAGAAAGAAGACAUUGUAGGAGUAGUUACAUUUUACAACAGGAAGGAUGGAAAACCUUUUGACGAAUAUGAUGAACACAUUACUGAGACUCUCACACAGUUUCUUGGAUGGUCUCUUUUAAAUACUGACACCUAUGAGAAAAUGAAUAAACUAGAAAACAGAAAAGACAUUGCUCAGGAAAUGCUCAUGAACCAGACCAAAGCCACUCCUAAUGAAAUUACGUCUAUAUUGAAAUUUAAAGAGAAGUUAAAUAUAGAUGUAAUUGAAGACUGUGAAGAAAAACAACUUGUGGCAAUUUUAAAAGAGGACUUGCCAGACCCAAAGAAAGUAGAACUAUAUGAAUUCCACUUUAGUGACCUGCCCAUUACUGAGCAUGGAUUGAUUCAGUGUGGACUACGACUAUUCUUCGAAAUAAAUGUGGUGGAGAAAUUUAAAGUGCCCGUAGAGGUUCUUACGAGAUGGAUGUACACCGUGAGAAAAGGGUACCGCUCUGUCACAUACCACAACUGGCGGCAUGGAUUUAAUGUGGGGCAGACCAUGUUCACUUUGCUGCUGACAGGAAGACUAAAGAAGUACUUCACAGACCUUGAAGCCUUUGCCAUGCUCGCUGCUGCUUUCUGCCAUGACAUUGACCACAGAGGCACCAAUAAUUUGUAUCAGAUGAAAUCUACAUCUCCACUGGCAAAGCUUCAUGGAUCUUCCAUUUUGGAGAGGCACCAUCUGGAGUACAGUAAGACCCUACUGCAAGAUGAGACUUUAAACAUCUUCCAGAACCUAAAUAAACGCCAGUUUGAAGCAGUCAUUCAUUUGUUUGAAGUUGCAAUUAUAGCAACUGAUCUGGCUUUGUAUUUCAAGAAAAGAACCAUGUUUCAAAAAAUUGUUGAGUCCUGUGAAAAAAUGGAAACUGAAGAAGAAAUUAUCAAAUACAUAACCAUCGACCCAACCAAAAAAGAGAUUAUCAUGGCAAUGAUGAUGACUGCAUGUGACUUGUCUGCUAUAACCAAGCCCUGGGAAGUACAAAGCCAGGUAGCACUUCUGGUUGCAAAUGAAUUUUGGGAACAAGGAGAUCUGGAGAGAACAGUACUACAGCAGCAACCUAUUCCUAUGAUGGACAGAAGCAAAAAAGAUGAACUACCUAAACUUCAAGUUGGGUUUAUUGACUUUGUUUGUACUUUUGUAUAUAAGGAGUUCUCACGGUUCCACAAAGAAAUCACACCGAUGCUGCAGGGUCUUCAGAAUAACAGAAUCCAAUGGAAAUCUCUAGCUGAUGAGUAUGAUGAAAAGAUGAAGGUAAUUGAAGAGGAGGUGAAAAAGCAGGAAGAAGGAAAUGCAACAGAAAAAGCUGCAGAAGAUUCAAGCGGUGGCGAUGAUGACAGAAAGUCCAAAACAUGUCUAGUGUUGUAA